CGGUGGCGGGUGCAACCGCGAGCGAGGCCCUUUGUCUCAGUCGGCCAGACACACGAUCGGUUGGAACCGCCCUCCAUUCCUCCCUCCGCGACGCAAUUAGACGAGAGCCCAUUUUACCCCUGCGGAGAGAAUUCCAUCUUGUUCCACACCUCGGGUUAUCUGCCGCUUGAUCCGCCUGGUGGUAUCACCGACGGUCGACUUACGACUUCAGGUCGCUCGUGAAUGACACGUCGAAUGUGAGCAGUGCUAAAAUUGCUAGAGUGUCCAGCAUCCGGUGGCCUUGUGGGUACAGUGAUGACGCGAGCUUGGCUCUGUUGCUGCUGAUGUGAGGAUGAUGAUGAUGUAUCUGGUUCCGCUGGUGACGUCCUGAUCGUUGAAUUCAUGCACAAAACUUCUCUCACAGGGUUGGCUGUGAUGUGGAUUGCUUGAAGCGCGGCGGUGGUGGUGGAGGUUUCAAAACGGUGGCUGGGGAGUAGGGUUGGCGUUUUGGGGUGAUCAAUUGAGACUGGGGAGGUUCUCUUCUGUAUCGAGUUAGUCUCGAAGCCGAUUGGAGAAUUGCAGCUAGAACCUUUUUGAGGAGGAGAUCGAGCAGAGUAGUACCAAGAUGACAGCGGGAGCCGAGAAACAGCCCGAAGACGGGAGUCAUGAAAAGCAGAAUGUACAUUUAGACUCGACGAAACAAGCUGCCGCAAGCCCCGUCUACACAAUGCAAGCUUUUUUCGAUGGUAAGAUGAAGGUAGAGGACUUUGCCAGAUCGGAGCAGGAGCGGCCCACUGUCCCGCACGAUAUCUUCGACGAUACGCUCCCUGUCGUUGACAUCGCCGCGAUUAAGGACGGCACGGCAGAAGAACGGCGUGCCAACGUGGUCAAAAUGCUGAAAGCAGCAAAAUCGUGGGGUUUUUUCAAGAUCUCCAAUCACGAAAUCCCCUUGCAAGUGGUUCUAAGUAACCUGCAACUCAUCUUCGUCACGGCCGAUCAUGCUUGUGAUGAAGCGGCUACCUUUUUUCAGAAGCGCGUUGAAAGUAGUUCAACCAAACAGGUGAAGCGAGUGAAGAAAAACGGAAAGCAAUUUUUUGCGCUGCCCAUGGAGAGGAAACUUCCCGUGCGAGCGCCAGAUUUUGUGUUUGGUUACACAGGCGGCUCUCCGGUCAAUUGGAAAUCAAAAUGGUGGCUAGAAGCUCUAAUGAUCAAGGUCACGGACGAGGCGUUGGAUGACAUGAUCGGCCAAGUGUUUCCAGACGAAAAAGAUUUCGGCGUACGGUUCAAGGAGGAUUUGAAGGCAUUCUUCUCCCCGAUGCAUGAGCUCUCUCGAUUCAUAGUGGAGGAAUUAACCGAAGCCCUCGGCCUGGAGCGUGACACCUUCACCCGCCUUGAGACGCCGGGCUCCAAUUGCACCGGACGCAUGAACCACUACCCAGUCUGUCCCAAUCCAGACUCUGUGCUGGGGAUUCCUCCCCACGCAGACACGCAGUUGCUGGGAAUUCUGCAUCAAGAUGAUACUGGUGGACUGCAAGUACUGAAGGAUGGGGAGUGGGUGGGAAUCCAGCCUGAUGAUUCCACCUUCGUUGUCAACAUUGGUGAUACCUUCCAGGCGAUUACGAAUGGGAUCCUUCGCAGUGCAGCGCAUCGAGCAGUGGUUAAUGCGAAGAAGGACCGGUACUCAACUAUCUACUUUUACGGUAUUGACAACUCCAUCACUCUCACAGUGCCGCCAAAGCUCAUUACCGAAGACCGCCCUCUCAAGUAUCGCCCAUUUACGGUCAGGGAACACAGAAAAUACAUCGUGGACAACGAAGUCCCGAUCAAUGCUGUUCAGCACUUGGAGAUCAAUCCCGAAGCCACGGCUUUAUUCCUCGAAAAAUUGUUUGGUUAAAGAAGCCAAAAACCUCCUGGUUGGCUUCGCGCAACUGGAAUUAGCUGGUGGUGGUCUUGCUUCACCCCUCCAUUCUUCUCGGCCUGGUGUCCAUCUUUGGGGGUUUGUGCACCCACAUUCGCAGGUCCAUGAGAAAUAUACCUUGCUUGUGGGUUUUGUCUUGACAAUUGGUGGCACUUCAGCGUUCAACUCAGCUUGUCCUUGCUAGAAUCCAAAUGACCAAAGAACACGGCUGCAAUUUAGCAGCAACUUGACUGAAGUGAAAAAUUUGACAGUGUUCCACGGAUUCCGAAUCCAGCGAUUUUGGGUAAUAGCUGGGCUUACCUACGGUCAAAGAUGUGCAGACUAGUUUUGAGGGACCUAAGGUGUACCCACAAGGUCCUUUUGCUUGCAAGAUUCAACACGAAUUUUCGUUGGUAU